AUGGAAGCACUCGCCGCAGAGUUCGAUUUCGACUGGGUUGAGCGUCGCAUUCGCUGCCCGCCACAUUUUCUGAACCUGGCUGUGCGGGCCAUGAUGUACGGGACCAAGAGGGAUAACUUUGACGAGUUGCUUGCUCAUUGGGGUGACAAGGACUUCAUUUCUGACGAAGAGGAUCAGAAGCAGCUGUCCGAGGCUAUCAAUGAGCUAGCGGCGGACGAGGAUUUCUCUGAGCAAAGCUCAGAUGACAAUGAUGAAUACUGCGAGGUUGAGACGGUCGCUGAGGAGAGUCAGGGCCAGUUCCCAGUACCCAAGGUCAUCAACGCUGAGGAGCUGGACAAAUACCGCAAGUUUGGGCCCUUUGGCAAGCUACACAAUAUUGGCGUAGCCUUUCGAAUGAGCAGCCAACUUGUCGAAGACUUUCGCGAGGCUCAACGGCAAGCCAACCCUGCUGAGCCUGUUCUCUCGUGGGUUCAAAACGGCUGUACUCGUUGGCAAUCCGAUGAAGCAAUGGCCUCACGGGCUCUGCUCAAACGCUCGGCUUUGAACAGAAUGAUCUCCAUCAUCGAGGAACGAUGGAUCAACCAAGGAGGCAAGGAACAGGACAAGCCGGCGAUACUUUCAGAAAGGAUUUCUCUUGAUGAAUGGAAGGUUGUUUCCGCACUUCAGAAGAUCCUGCAGCCAUUUAAAGUCGCCUCAAAGCAACUGCAGGGCGAAGGUCUUGCUGGUAAACGCUCCACGUCAGGCGGCUUUGACGAGUAUUUCCAGGUGGUGGAGAUGCUGCCUGACCACCUCGAACUGGCCGUGCAGGGAGUGAUCAUCGAAGAGGAUGACGACAAGGUAAUGAGAGAGGUUCUCCUAUUCGACGGUAUGGACGCGAAGACCCGGAGGCUUCUGAAGAUCUACAUCAAGCUCGGGUGGAAGAAACUAAACGACUACUAUGGCAAGCUGACAUCUACUGCUUAUGUUGCCGCAGUUGUAUUCCACCCUUACCUCGGAGUGGAAGAGGACGUAUGA